AUGUAUCAUCGUGUCAAAUCAUCCGGUGGAAAUGUCGAAUCUUUGGACAAUACAGGUAUACUUUUUACAACCCGUUUGCCAGUAGGUAAAUUUGAAGAUACUCUGCCAAAUGAUACUUUAUCUAUAUCUAAUGGAAGAAAAUUUAAAGAAAUGUUAAAUGAUGAAAAUUAUACUAAUACCGAAGAAGAAAAUAUAACUUGCUUACCCGAUUUUGAUAUUGAUCAUAACAGAGAAAUUCAAAAAGAACUUAAAAGGUUUAGAAAUGCCACCAAAUUAUUUUGUACUUAG